AUGAUGUCGACAUUCUUCUCCAGCGUAUUAGCGCUGAUCCAUUGGCUGUCCCCAGCGGCCAACCCAUCGAGCUCCAGCUGUAAAAAAUGGGGCGCGUCGCCUACUCCCGUGCCCAUGCACCAUCUUUGCGAAUCGAGGCAGCCCGCCGUCUCUGCACCGCACCCGAACAUCUGGGGCGACCUUACUGACGAGGAAGCUGCCGGGGUCAUCGAGCUCCUGCACCGGCAAUCGACUGGCCUGAACCUUACGACAGAGGAUGCUGCCGGGAGCUGGGAUAAUAAAAUUCUUCUCGUGGAGCUCCUGGCCCCAAACAAAAGCGACACGCUUCCGUUCCUCAACAACAAGACAACCACACCUCCGCCACGAUGCGCUCGCGCAACUCUGAUGUUUGGCGCAACGCCUAAUCCCUAUCUUCAGGACUAUGUGAUUGGCCCGCUUCCCGUUGCUAACAACACCCAGGUGCAGCCGCUUCAAUUUCUCUACAACAAUGCGGGCAAGGGGAAAGUAGCUGUUGAUUUUGCUGAUCGUAGCGCCGUGGAUCACUAUGUCAAGGACGUAGGCAUGUCUGUGGCCGACAUCACGAAACGUCUGUGGGAUGGGACCCUCAACGAUACCCUUGGCCUGUUGCCAAUAUUUCCACCUUGGAAGGAGAACGGCAGCUUGGUUUUGUGGUCCGGCUUCGUAAACAACCCUACCUCAGCCUUUGACUCGGAGACCAUUCUUCCGCUUGGUCUAUAUUUCGGCGUUGAUGUAAUGGGCAGAGAUCCAUCCAAGUGGUCUGUAAUAGGAUGGUAUUACGACGGCAAACACUACCCGACCACGAACGCGUUCCGGGCCGCUUCAGCGUCCAGUAACUUCACACUACUCGGAGCCAACUCGGACGGUCCGUGGGCCCAAAUAGAGAGGCAAGGUAGCCCGAUGAACUUUGACCAUUUGCCUCCACCCACGGCCGUUAUGCCCGGAUCGAAUCGCUUCUCUGUGGAUGCAAAGGAAAACUACGUCGAGUGGAUGGACUUCUCUUUUUUCCUGUCUUACUACAGAGACAAUGGAUUACGCCUCUUCAAUGUCCAAUAUAAGGGCAGAAGAAUUCUAUACGAACUGGGCCUGCAGGAAUCGCUGGCUCUCUACGCAGGGAAUGACCCGGUACUGUCCGGCACAACAUACUUUGACAGUAAGCCUGGCAUUGGGCCAAGUGUGGUAUCUCUUGUCGAUGGAUACGACUGUCCGACAUAUUCAACAUAUCUGAAUGCCACCUACCGACAAGGAGAAAAAUCAUACACUCGAUUUAAUGCCAUUUGUUUGUUCGAAUUCGACCAGGGAUAUCCUAUACAGCGCCACUCUACUGCUAACUAUACCAGUGUUACCAAGAACAUUGCUUUUACAGUAAGGUCUAUUUCAUCCAUCGGAAACUACGACUAUAUGUUCUCGUAUAAUUUCUUCUUGGAUGGGAGCAUAGAGGUCUCAGUGAGAGCCUCUGGAUAUAUACACGGCGGAUUUUCCGCCAACAACGAGGAGUAUGGUUGGAAAAUUCACGACAACCUGUCCGGCUCCAUGCAUGACCAUGUUCUCACUUACAAGGCUGAUAUUGAUGUAUUGGGCGAGAAAAACAGCCUCCAAAAAGUGGAAUUUGUGCCCGCAACCAUCGAAUAUCCGUGGUCAAAUGGAGCCAAAAGGAACACUAUGAAGCUGCAGAAAUCGUUUGUCCAGAACGAAAAUGAAGCCAAGAUCAACUGGGCUCCUAAUGGUGCGGCCAUGUACGCCAUCGUCAACAAGGAAGCAAAGAAUAAGUUCGGAGAAUACCCCGGUUACAGGUUCACCCCUGCAACUUCGAACGUUAUCUUCCUCACGACUUCGAACUCCUCUAACAUCAUGAACGCCGUGAAUUUCGCCGAUCACCACUUCUAUGUCACAAAGCAGAAGGACACAGAAGCUCAAGGGACACACCCGUAUAACGUGCUUAAUCCUGCAGACCCAUUAAUUGACUUUGCCAAGUUCUUUGAUGGGGAAUCUCUGGAUCAGGAGGACCUCGUCCUUUGGUUCAAUCUCGGAAUGCACCACGCCCCGCACACUGGCGAUCUUCCCAAUACUGUGUCCACGACAGCACAUUCCGCUCUUAUAAUAGAACCGCUCAACUAUCUCGAAAUGGAUGCCUCCCGCGCUACCUCGCAACAGGUCCGGUUGAACUAUAAAGAUGGCAAAGUACAGUCUAUCAAGACAUUUGGCUCCCAAAAUAUGACUUGUCACGUUGACGCGAGCCAGCUGAUGCCUAAGCUUUGGAGAGACGAAGGUACUGUAUCAGUUCUCACAUUUGUUCCGGGUCAGUCACUAAUACAUCCAAUUCUCGAUCCGCCCAGGCAGGUGACGACUAUGCGCACCCGUAAAAUCCCCCGGGUUAGCAGCGAAUACAAAGUAGCCAAUGUGACCUAA